UUCUUCCUGGAGCACACCUUCCCCAAUUAACAACAAUAUAAUCCCAAUUUCCUACUAACAAUACUUCUAAUUUCUAUCCCAAUUUUCACUUCCCUUAUAUAUACGCAUAAUUCAUAAACUCCAUUGAUUGGCAUCGAUCUGAAUUGUUCACGUUUCAAUUGAGGAAGAAGAUGGGUGUUGUAAAAGCAGCAGUAGCUGAUUUUGUUAUGACAUUUAUUGUGAUAUUUUCUACUUCAACGAUUGGAGUUCUCACUUACAUCAUUGGAUCUGUAUUUGGAAUUGCUCAUGGAUCGGCCUCUCUGUUCAUCACUAUUGUCAUUGUUUUCCUGUUGUUCUUAGUGUUUGGUGUCAUAGCUGAAGCUUUGGGUGGCGCCGCCUUUAAUCCUGCUGAUACGGCGGCGUUUUAUGCUGCCGGUGUCGGAAAGGACUCGCUCUUCUCUGUUGCCGCCAGAUUUCCUGCUCAGGCCGCUGGCGCAGUUGCUGGUGCAGUAGCAAUAUUGGAGGUUAUUCCUACACAGUACAAGCACAUGCUAGGUGGGCCUUUGUUGAAAGUUGACUUGCACAAUGGGGCCAUUGCUGAGGGCAUCUUAACUUUCGUAAUGACGUUUCUGGUCUUUAUGAUUGUACUGAAGGGUCCUAAAAGUGCACUUCUCAAGAAUUGGUUACUUGCAAUGUCAACUGUUACCAUGGUAGUUGCAGGUUCAAAGUACACUGGACCUUCUAUGAAUCCAGCCAAUGCAUUUGGUUGGGCUUACAUAAACAACAUGCACAACACAUGGGAGCAGUUUUACGUCUACUGGAUCUGUCCCUUCAUAGGAGCAAUAAUGGCUGCAUGGACUUUUCGUGCUAUCUUUCCAGCUCCAGUGAAGAAGAAGCAGCCUCAGAAGAAAAAGCGAAAUUGAGAUAGACUGUUGUGCUUCAAUUACUUCAUUAAUCUAGGUUGCGCUGUGGUUGAAGUAACCUGAUAAAGUUGAAAGCAAUUCUUAACUUCAAAUACGGGAUCAUAACAGAUUCCCUUUGCCAUUUGUUGGAAUUGUUAAUAAACCCCCUUUCAACAUUGAUCCAAAUUCAACCAACUAUUAGUGCAAAAAAUUUAGUUGUCCAAAGUUGGAUGCCCUUGAA